AUGGAAGACGAGUAUCAGCUAUCGGCUAUGCUACCAACGGCUGGAUAUCUCUUCGCCGAGGAGCUGGAUGCACACUUUCUUGCACUCGACGACUUCCACUCGAUGCUGCUUCGGGACGAAUGCUCAAAGGUGUCAGUCUUAGACAGCUCGUUCAACUUGAGCUGUUCAACACCAACGGCUGCACCAAAUUCUCCUUCCUCGGUGGUGUUUUUGCCCCCAUUCUACCCACCACUUGAGGGCUUCGACGACCUCAAAGAAUACAUGAAGGAGGAAGGUACAUUCUCAGAUUACUACACUAGAGAAUGCAUCACUACAAACAAUCUAGAGCAUAUGGAAUUUGACCUUCGACCCUCCACACGAGGUGGUCAAGAAGACUCAGUGAGCGAUGAGGACAAGGAACGACUUAGACAGCGCCAACGAGGCUAUGAAAAACGUUACCGUGGUCGUAAAAGGCGAGACCUCAAGAUACAACGCGAUGCGUGGUUAGCUCUUGAAAUGAAGCUAGACGCUGAUCGUAAGAAGCGCUGCAAACCCUAUAUUCGCAUCGAAAAGCCUGGCCAAGAUACAUUACGCCACAAAUUGCUAUUACUCAAGCUGGAGGAGCACGCUUUACGUCAUGACCACGUAGCCAUGCGCUCACUCCAAGCGUGGGAGGAGAUCUCACGAAUUCGCGAAUACUCGGACAAAGAGCAAUUACGUUCAAUGAGUGAGUGGCGUCAUAGCGCAGACAAAGUUAUCGGCCGCUGCGCUGUUCUCGGAUCUGAACAUUUUCACCCAUACGCCCCAAUGGAACAGCGUCACUUUUCUUGGUGA